AUGCUUCUGCGAUUGCUUCUCUUGUUGUCGACGGUGCACUUGGCAGCGUGCCAGGGGAAAUGUGUGAUGACCGAGUGCGAGGGCGAGACCGACAGCAACUUUCCGCCGUGCCGAACCAAUCAUUCGAGUGAGUUUUCUGGAUCAUUUCACAAACCUAUUAAACAAUAUACAUGCCCUUUCUUGCAGCCUCAUUCCCCCUGACACUCACCCGAUCCAAGCACCCGGACGCCCUGGACCGUCUCGAAAAGUACUGUUCGCACCUGCUCCACGACGACGAGAAGGCGUCCGUGUGCUGCACUCCGCUCCAGCUCAAGGGAAUGACCGAGCGCAUCUCGAACGCCGUCGCGAUCCUCGGCUCCUGUCCCAGUUGCUUCGACAACUUUGCGAAGUUGUGGUGCCAGUACACGUGCUCGCCGAGACAGGCGGACUUUAUGAAAGUGCAAAAGUUUGCGGUGGAGGCAAAGAAGGAGAUCAUCGAGCAGAUCGACUAUCAGGUGAAUCGAAAGUUCGCCGAGGGACUCUUCGACUCGUGCCGCUACAUGUGGUUCGCCAACGGUCCCGCCCUUCGGCUCAUGUCCAUCGGCGGCACCGUGUCUUUCGAGAACUUUUACGAGUUUAUGGGACAGAAGAACGACGCGCUGAACAUUCCGGUUUCCACGAGUUUUCAGUUCAAUCGGAAGAAGGUGAGGGGGUGGCACGGUCUCCAAAGCUUACAAUGGGCACAAGUGCGCCCCGCGCCCAAUAGAGCGAUACAUUGGCGCGAAAUUCAAAUUUUAACAGCAAAAUUUGUGUUUUUUGCCAGAUUAGCCACGAAAAACCGAUAAUUUCUGAUUUGUCUCUCGAUAGACCGAUUUUAUAGGCUAUUACGAUUUUUUUAAAGGACCAGGGAACCCAAAAAUUUUUUGAUUAAUUUGUGAAAUGUUUUUGUGACUGUUUGAAUUGUCUCUUAUUGCCUCAUACACUGGUGAAAUGCUGCCUCUCAAAAAUGCCAAUGAACGAAACGGCAUGCAGUUGAGGUUGUGGCCGUGACCUAGCGCCAAUGGCCGAAAAAUAUAUAAAAAUAUAUGCGCUUCUCGGCCUUUUUUUAUUUUUUUCAGCUUUUUUUACCGGUUUUUUUCCAAAAAAAUUCACGGUUUCUCCCAUUUUUUUCAGUUGAUUGACAUUUGUUCGGCACUUACUUAUUUUUUUCACUGCUAAAAAAAUUGUUUUUCAUUCAGUCGAUAUGAAGUGCCAAAAUGGGAGAAACCGUGAAUUUUUUUGGAAAAAAACCGGUAAAAAAAGCGGAAAAAAUAAAAUGGCCGAGAAGCGCAUAUAUUUUUAUAUAUUUUUCGGCCAUUGGCGCUAGGCCACGGCCACAACUUCAACUGCAUGCCGUUUCGUUCAUUGGCAUUUUUGAGAGGCAGCAUUUCACCAAUGUAUGAGGCAAUAAGAGAUAAUUCAAACAGUCACAAAAAAAUUUCACAAAUUAAUCAAAAAAUUUUUGGGUUCCCUGGUCCUUUAAGCGCAGGAGCGUUAAAUUUGGUCAAGUCGCAAAUCACAUUUAUCCGUUUGAAGGUUUUUGGCUAAAACUGCGUGAAUUUCAGUUGCUUUUCGGUAAUUUUCGCGGUUCGAGCGCUCAAAAUGCUUGUAUUUACGUGAUUUAUCAUUCUCGAAACCAAUUCUGCCUGAAAACGGUCAAGAAAGCGCAAAAUGAGAAGUGCGGUUUUGAGGCGGCGAAGACGAAAAAGCAAAGUCCGCGAAAAAUGCGCCAAAACGUCAUUAAUUCUGAGAAUUAGUGUGUUUUCAUGUCGAACAAUCAUUUUUCAUCGCCUUUGACCACAAAAAUUAGAGAAAACCUGCUCAAUUCAUGAAAACGCCAUUUGGCCGAGGCCACGCCCAUAUUGUCAACUCUGGAGAUCGUGGGUGGAAGAGAAAAAAAGUUUGGACAGCUAGGCCACGAGUUCAGAAUGCGAUGAACGUGCCGACGACCCCGUGCCACAAGUCUGCGGGUCCGAAUGUUCCCGCUUGUGGAUUCAUCGACUGCCCCACCAAUUCCGUUCAACUUCUCGAUCUCUCCGGCGUGGACAAGGUGGGUUACUGUAGUUAGUAGCUGGAGUCGUAAUCAUUUUCCUUCCAGCUUAGCAAGACGGUCGUCACCUCGACGUUCCCCGAAUCGCUCUGGGUUCCCAAAAUAUUCGGAAUGUUCGCUCUCGUCUUUCUCGUCGUCGUUCUCCUCAAAUACUCGUGCCACACUCGUCUGACGGACGGCGAAGGCUGCUACGUGGACAUCUCCGAGGGAAACAUCGAGAUUCUGUUCGACGAUUCGUGCAAAUGGUACGCGAAUGUGAGUGAGCACCCGGACUACUGUACUUUGACCCAUUUCAUCCCGUGCAGACUGUUAUCCAACAUCCGUGGAUGUGCGCGAUGCUCGGCCUCUUCGUCGCCGCCAUUUGUUGCUCUGGAAAUGCGAAAUUCCACAGUCUGACGCAUUCGAUCGAUCAAGUUUCGGCGGCGGACGGAGUGACCAGACGGAACGAAAAGACGUUCAUCGAGACUUUCGGGUACGGUAGGAUUUCCAAAGCAUUCAAGUUUUGUUCGUGUUAUAGACCUGUUCAUCGGAAAGAACUCAUUUUCGUGAACAUUCCGGCGGAGAUGGAGGACAUGUUCGAUAUGGAUUUGUUCAAAGAAGUUAGUUUUUGAUUGAUUAUAGGGGCACCGCACAGAAAUGGCGCUCUGUUGAGAAACUCUUUUUGCAGUGCAAAUUGAGCGACCUCGGGGCCGAGUUUUAAAAGUUAGGCCACGUUUUCAGUGGAAAAUUACUUCGUGGCCUAGAAAUUCGGCCAGAUUGCGAACAGCGCGCCAUUUCUGUGAGAUGCCCCUAUAAUACCAGAGUAUAUCACUCUGGCUUGAUUUUCAGUUGUUCACACUCGUCGGAAAGGUCCAGAACAUGACGGUAAUCCACGGAAACUCGUCAGUCACCCUCAACGACAUCUGCUUCAAACCGCUCGGAUCCGCGUACGGGUGUGCCAUCCUGAGCCCGACCGGCUACUUUCAGAACUCGCCGGACACAUUCCUGAACGCCGGAGCACCGACAGAAGCCGACGAUCUGUUCAUGGGCGAUCAAUAUUGGAAUCAUCUGAAGUACUGUAUUCAUGAUCCGCUUCGCAUGUCGACCUAUUCGAAGAUGACGUGCUUUGGAGAGUUUGGCGGCCCGAUCGAUCCGGUUCUCGUGUUUGGCGGAUACAAUGAGACGAGCAAGAAGGGAGCCGAGAGGGUGCGGGGGAUUACUGUAGGCUCAUUUGUAGAAGUAUACGUGUGGGGGUUUCAGUUCUUGACCGCUCGAACUUUGAUGAUUACGAUACUCGUGAAAGGCCCGGAGGAGUUGGCGUCAGCCUGGGAGGCAAAGUUUAUACGGAUGAUGAAAGAGCAUCGGAUGGAGCACGCCGAGUUCACUUUCAUGGCCGAAUCCUCGGUUACGGUAGGUGACGAAGGCUCUCAAAGUAGGGGAUCAAUUUGAACAGGAUGAACUGCAAAAAGAGGUGGAGACGGACAAGUUGGUCUCUGUGCUCUCGUGCGGGUUGGUCCUCCUCUGGGUGCUCGCACAACUCGGCAUCUACCACUGGCCCGAAAGUUCGUUCCUCUCCGCCCUCGUCCAUCACAAGCUCAUCAUCGCCAUCAGUGCGGUGCUCAUCAACGUGAUCAGUGUGUGGUGCUCGAUCGGCGUCUUCUCGUUCUUCGACAUCCACGCGACGGACAACGCGAUCGUCGUGCUCUUCUUCGUCGUCACUUGCAUCGGAAUCAACCGCAUCUUCGUCACGAUCCGCACGUUCCAAAACCACGGACACUGCUACGGACGGCCGGAGAUGUCGAAGCGAGACAUGGAGCACCGGAUCACGGACACCAUGCGACGGAGCAUUCCGAUUGUGCUCACGAGCUCGCUCAUCUGCUCGACGUGCUUCUUCCUUGCCGGCGGCGUCCUUCCGUACAUUUCCGUGAAGAUGCCCUCCGUCGAGGUGUUUGCGAGACACGCCGGAUUGGCCAUUCUUUUCGACACCUUCUUCUAUCUCCUCGUUAUUUUGCCACUUUAUCAGUACGACGCGAAGCGGGAAAUGGUAAGUCUGUAGGCCUACUGUAGGGCCUACCGUACAAUGACUCGUUUCAGUCUGGAAGAUGCGAGAUUUGGCCGUGCUACCGGUUGUCCGAUGCGUCCCAAACGAAUAUUGUGCUGGAUUCGGUGAACGGAUCCCUCCGAAGUCCUGUCGAUUGGUUCAAAUUGGCCAUCGCGCCUCUGAUCAACUACAAAUUCUGCCGGUUGUGGAUCGUCUCGACGCACGCGUUCACUCUCUGCGUCUCCGUUUAUUGCACUCUUCAUCUCGAGUACGGUUUCGAUCAGACGAUGGCCUUUUCCAAGGUACAGCAGUAGUCCCGGGAAACCUUUUCGAAAACCGCAUUGCAGACGAGCUAUUUGUCGCGGCACUUUGAGAAUCUGAACAGGAAUCUGAACAUCGGACCGCCCGUCUGGUUUGUCGUCGAGGGAAACGUCAAAUGGUACGAACAGGAGGUGCAGGUGAGGAGAUUUAGGGCCCAAACAAACAAAUGAACCAUUUUCUCGGUUUUCAGAACAAAUUCUGUACGCUGGCCGGUUGCCACGAGGAUUCGAUGGGCAACACGAUCCGAUCGCUCGCCUACACGAACAACUACGACGGCAACUUUUUGCACGGCGACGUCUACAUUUGGCUCGACUCUUUUCUUCAGUUUAUGCAUCCACGUGGCACGUGUUGCAAGACCGACGGCAAGGAUUACUGUAAGUUGAGGAGGUUCUAG